AUGGCUGGUGUCUAUGCGGCAUCUCCAGGCCCCACAAAGGAGCAAAAUGGGGUCAUGGCGCAGCCGGAACAAACCGUCUUAUUUAUGAACCCUUUGCUGCGCCCCCACCGCGAGUUGGACCUGGAGCUCGUUCCCGGACAGAUAGUCAUAUCGGUUAGCUUCGAUCACAAAGUUAACGUUCCUGGGCGUCCUGCUAGCAUAACGAAUACUGCCCGUUGUUGGAAAAUGUCUUCGAAAGCUCCUGGUAACCCAAAACGACGCACGCGCACGGUACGCCAUAAGGUCGCUUUAGCCUGUGACUCGUGUCGGGAGAAGAAGAUCCGCUGCGAUGGAAACAAGCCUAUCUGUGGACCUUGCACGCGACGGUCAUAUCGUAUAGAUCAGUGUGUAUACAACACGGAAAACUCCCGGUCUGCCAGCAAGGACGAAUAUUUUCAUACCCUACAUCAGCGAAUAAGAGAACUUGAAGAUGCCCGUUUGAAGGAUGGAGUCUCCACCCAGACCCCGAUAAACCCCCAAAGCCAGCUGCGCAGUGAGACCAACAGGCAGGUGGGAAUACCCGCGGAAGCAACCGGCUUCUCCCCAUGUGCUUGCAAAUCGCUUCCGGGUGCCACGGCGCAGAAUCCGCCCCCUAGAAGCACUGAAGCCGGGGUACCAGCAUGUCCCAGGCCACCAGCCGCUCGUAGUCACUGCGACAACAGCCGGUCCGCGUUGACAGGAGAAGCGACUGCGGAGAGCUAUGAAUCGCCUUUAUUCGAUGAGGGCGAAGGUCAUGUAACGGGUAUGGGCCAGAUCACAGCAUCGGCGGCCGAAGGUCCACGCCGAUCGGCCCGAUUCCAAUUCUAUGGUAGCUCCUCCACUGCUUCCCUCAUGCGAUUCGCAUGGCAAUCUAUGCCUUCGCAGCCGAUCAGCGGUUCGCGUGCCGAACCUGUGUUAAGUAGGCUUCAGGAUACGUCUACCGUCUACAGGUUUGAUGAUUUUAAUCUGCCGCCGCGGAUGUUGGCGGAUCACCUCCUAAAGUGCUUCUUCGAUAAGGUCUAUAUUUUGUAUCCAUUCUUCCACCGUCAAGCCUUUGAAGCGGCGUAUCAAAAUAUCUGGCGGACAGAGGACGAGUCUUGCAUUCCGCUAACAGACCUGCGGAUCGGAUUAGGAUCCAGCUUUGAAUCUGGUCCUCAAUCAAUUGUCUUUCAUUGUGCCCUGAAUUUGAUGUUUGCUCUGGGCUGUCAUUUUGCAGAUAUCGCCCCAGAGGAAGUCGAGCUUGUCGCCCAUUCUUUCUUUCUUCGUGCGAAAGGUUUUAUCGGACUCGAUUUCCUAGAGUUCAACACUCUCGGUGUCGUUCAGACGUUGCUUAUCACAGCGCUAUACCUGCAGAGCUCCCCAUACCCCAGCCGAUGCUGGAAUUCCGUUGGGGUGGCAUGUAGAGUUGCCCUAGGCCUAGGGCUUCACGAACCAGAUACCCUCGCGACAUCAACGCCCUUAGAGGUUGACAUCCGGCGGCGGACAUGGCAUGGAUGCGUGAUGAUGGACAUCACUCUGAGCAUGACGUACGGCAGGCCAAGCAUGACCACCCAUCUGGCCCCUCUCCGUUCACCAAGAGACCCAAAUAACUCUAGCUCCCAGGAAGGAACUGGGGAGCCUAGCCUAAUAACAUUCUACGAGGAAGCUAUUCACCUUCACGAUAUUCUAGACAAAAUCCUAUCCGAUGUCUACAAUGCUUGCCGCGGUCGGUCCCCUCAACAUCGAUCGCAGCAAGCGACAAAAAGUCCCGGGGGCCUAGACACCGUCCUCGAUAUUGAGAGGCAACUUACCCUCUUCGAAGCCAAUCUCCCUUCCUUCCUGAAAUACCCCGUCGGUCCAUCUGUAGUGUAUGCGGAUCGAGAGGCAAACCUGGCGAUCGCGCAACAGCGAAAUGUUCUACAUGCACGAUACAUCCAUUUCCACCUUCUCCUCUACCGCCCCAUCUUCACGCAACUUUACUCGGAAAGAGUACGAACUCGAGAGCCAGCAACAGGGCCGGAGCUGCAGGAGAACUGGAUGCUCUCUGCAACUGCACGGAGUACAUUAUACUCCUCCAUGUCCAGCAAAUGUGCUACCUCCUGCGUGAUGGCUGCCAUUGAUCUCACGCACCUAGUCCACGAGACCUACCAGACCAAUGCCGCCGAUGCAUGGUGGUACAAUGGAUUUUAUGUAUCUACCGCUGCAAUAGUCCUACUAAUGUCAUUUUCAGCUCCGUCCAUGCUAGAGCCAAUUACCAUGGAGAAGGCGCGAGAAGCCUGGAGAGAGGCAAUGAGGGUGUUGGAGUUUAUGGCUCCAUUCCACCGUUCCGCCAGCAACACCCUGCAGUUUUUACAGGCUGCGUACCGCCAGGCAGUGCCUGGCAGUCCGCAUCAGACAGGCCCAAAAGCUGAUGCUUCGCAACUUCCUAGUGAAAUACCUCAGUCCAAUGACCCACUCGACCAGCCGGAUACAGACUCAGGGGAAAUCUCGUUCUUCAACUGGGAGGAAUUCACCGCGAACGUGGGGUCCGGUCUGGACGACUUGGGGUUCUUGACGAGGCUGGAUUUUCCUGAUACUUUGGCUCAGGGGGCACUUGUUUUGAUAUGUAUUAGCUUCCUUUCUUAUGGGGGAAGCGAGAUAUGUAACAUCUAG